AAGAUGAGAAGAAGCAUAGUUUAUUAUUUUUGUGAUUUGCAGGAUUGCUUUGAUAUUCUUACCAAAACUUUUUAACUUUACCACGAAAAUUAUCAUUUAAUAUUAAACAAAUACUAUCCUCAACUCAUCCCCACAAAAGGUACAACAACAGGAGUAAGAAGUUUGUAAAAAAUAUGCAAUUGGUUUAAAUAGAUAGUGCUUUUUAUUACAUACAAACGAACACGCCAAUCUUCUGUUCUCAUCUGGUCUCCUUUCCUUAGUUCUAUAUGCCUCAAAUCCAAAGAUCACCUGAAUCAAAACUUUUACUAUCACCACCACCAACCAACAACCACAACCACCUAUACCCACAAUUUAUAUCCAUUCAUUUGUAUAAAACGGACAGCCAAACAAUAGAGACACAAUCCUAAUUUCCUCUAGUCUAAAUUCCUAUGUACCGCUUGAUUUGGUUUCUUGAUAUUAUAUUCUGUAUAUAAUUAUUUGCCCACCACUUUGUGGGCUUUAUUUUACAAAGUAAACGAAAACAAAGGUUUUGGGUAUUUCAAGAGUAUAAUAUAAUUAUUACAAAAAUGUCGGAUAUUUUUAAUAGUUUUGAUAGUAACGGUGCAGGUGGUGACGAUUCCCAGGACAUCAUAAUGGCAUCACCAUCUCAAAGUAGUCCAAUGGCAACCAAUUCAAAUUCGAAUUCGGCUGGAGUAAUUGGACAAACGGCCAAUAAUGCAUCAACAGGGUCUGGCAGUAAUGCCACAACUUCAAAUGCAAAGGCGUCAACAGGUGCAGAAAAUCAACCGAUUCUAACCAAACCACGUCUCAUGGAGUUGGUGAGAGAGGUUGAUACCACAGCCCAAUUAGACGAAGAUGUUGAAGAACUUUUGCUACAGAUUGCCGAUGAUUUUGUUGAAGAUGCGGUCAAGGCCACAUGUGCCUUUGCCAAACACCGUAAAGUUUCCAAAGUGGAAGUGCGCGAUGUUCAAUUACAUUUGGAACGUAAAUGGAACAUGUGGAUUCCUGGUUUUGGUACAGAUGAACUUAGACCCUAUAAACGUGCCGCCAUUACGGAAGCUCAUAAGCAACGUUUGGCAUUGAUACGAAAAACAAUUAAGAAAUAUUAAUCUUCUCUGGAACGACUGCCUCCAAAUGUUCAAUGAUUAGAGUAAUAUUUUUGUGUAAGGACAAUUUUAGUUAUUAAGAAACACUAGUAAGAUGAACUUGUCAUUUUUUUAAAUAUAUAUAUAUAUGAAUAACGAAACAA